CUUAGUUUUUAAUUACGUUGCCAAGCAACGGUUGCAAAACAACUAGGUAAUUUUCUAUCUAAAUUCUCACUCUGUGUUCUCACUAUUUGUAAGUUUAUGACGCAAAUUAAUAAUGGCUGAAGAACUCCAGAAAGUUCAUUUAUAUUACGAUGACAUUAACAAAAUCAGAGUCAUAGAAAACAACGUACUAAAAGAAACAGAGGAUCUGAAGGACACAUGCAAGGAUUAUGACACAAAGAUUCAAGAUUUCGGGAAGAUAAUCAACGCUCUACUAGAGGUGCUGAAGGAACUAGGAGAUAACGUCGAGAAGAAAAAAAUGGCUGCUAUAGGUUCCAUGAAUCUUUUGAAAUCUAUUUCUAAAGAACGCGAAGCUGAACAAGCUAAAUUACAAGCGGAAAUCAAUGACAAAUCUAUGAUAUUAGAACAACUGGAUAGUGAAUAUGACGCUCUUCAGAUUUUAGAAGCAACACAAAUGGAAACAAUCGAGUACUUGACUCAAAUCAGAUAAAACAUUGUCAGGUUUUACGUGUGUGACGUCAUGACUAGUUUGUUGAAGAAAAUAUACUAAAUUUAUUUCAAAUUCCAGUUGAAACUACUGUAUAUAUUAUUUAAAACAAGAAAAAAUAGAGAUUAUUAUUGAUUA